AUGAAGCUUCUACUUUGUGCCUGCAUCAUGUGUGUUGCUUUUGCAAAGAAGCGUUUCCACUUCAUUGGUGAGAAAUUUCUCUCAUCUAGUGAAGAGGAUUACAAUGGCAAUCGUUACCCACUUAACCCAUCUCUGAAUAUUCCUUAUCCCACACCAGACAAUGAUUUCACUCCUCCUUACUAUCCUCCAGGGAAUGAUUUCCCCAAUUACCCUGGGAAUCCUGACCCUCGUACAGGGGUACCCCCAUAUCCCUGGAUUCUCACUGUUCCUGGAGCCCCCCUCUACCACAUUCCUAGUUUUCCCCUACCUAUUUGGUUGGCCCCUCCUUCUUCUUCUGGUUGGAGGGCUUCCCCCUUUGUCCCUCCCUCAAGUAGACCUGUAGGACCUUUUGGCCCACCUAAUGCAGCUGUGCCUGCUGCAGGAGAACCUGAUGUAACCAAGCCUCCUGUAGCCACACCUCCUGACCCAGAGCUUGUUGCAGUUGAACCUGCUGUAAUUGAGCCUGAUGAAACUGAGCCUGCUGCAGCCACACCUGCUGCAGCCAUACCUCCUGCAGCCUCACCUGCUGCAGCCAUACCUCCUGCAGCCACAUCUGCUGCAGCGUCACCUGCUGCAGCCUCACCUGCUGCAUUGGGGCCUGCUGCCCCAGAAACUCAGCCUUCUCCUUUUCUUGACCAGGUAACAGAAUGA